AUGGCAGUUUAUAAAGUAAGAGUGCAAAUGUUAUGGAGUGAAGAUACCUUCCCGAAAGAUUACCCAGCACUUCGACCCAAAGCACAAUGGUCGCCUGUGUUUGGCCAAUCACAUAACAAAUCAUACACAUUAUUUCGUAUCGGAGAAGUUGCAAGAUCCUCAGUCCGGAAUUUCGCGCAAUAUGGAAAAUUAGAUACCUUAAUUUUGGAAGGCGAAGAAGAUCCAAGGGUGUACGAUCAAUUUUCUGCUCCUCCCGUGGGAAGCGGUACAGGAGAGACGGAAAAUUUGGUAUUUGUAAACAAUGAACAUACCGAGGUAUCCAUCAUUUGUCGCUUAAUACCAUCACCAGAUUGGUUCAUCGGUGUCGAUAGUCUUGAUCUGUGCGUGGACUCUUCAUGGGUGGAUCAAGUUGUGCUUGAUUUAGAACCCUUAGACGCCGGUGCAGCUAGCGGUCUUACUUUCACUGCUCCUCGAUGGGAAAACUCACCACCUGAGGCUGUAUCUAAGCACAGACCACAGCAACCAAAUCACCCUGCUGCUGGCUUUUAUUAUCCAAACAAAAGGGAACUACCUCCAAUAGCGAAAGUUCAAUUUAUAAAGGUGAAAGAAUAUUCAUCCAAAGAGGUAAAUGAUUUAGCGCGAAAGGAACUGUUGACCAAACUCCAUAGCAAAGACAACGUGAAAGGUUUACCUAGAGAGAAAAUUGUAUAUAACCAUCAACCCUUUAAAAAAAUUCAAGAAGUGACUACAAAAAGCUAUUAUGAACAAUUAAAAGACUUAGAAGAGGAACCGUUCGGCACUCCACGACCGAAUUUACUCGAGAACAAAGUUGAAGUUAUAACGAACUCACCAAUGACAACGAUAAGUCCAAUAGACAAUGAGUUUGACAGUGAACUGAAAAGUAUGGAUGACGUCGUACUUGCAGUCGCAAAUGGUCAACGUUUUGGGCUAGGAAAACGACUUCCAAGACAUUUCAGAUCAAGACUGCACCAUGCUGUCAAUAGGAUUCAACCGGACGACUGCGAAGUAUCAGAAUGGAGCGAGUGGAGUCCUUGUUCGGUUACUUGUGGUUUUGGAGACCAAUUUCGAAGUCGGCGAGUGCUUCGUCCAAAACGGGGAGACGGUCGCAACUGUCCUAAAUUAACAGAUAGAAAACACUGCGGCAAUGUGAACUCCUGUGCACAUAUAGAUUACUUUGAAUGGUGA